UCUCCGUCCCUUCCCAUCCACAAGUUUAAACGACGCCGUUCGAACAUUGUUGUUUCCUAUAAAUACUCCCUUUGAAUACUCUCCCUCAUAAAUGUUCACAACUUGCAUCAUCAUUAGUAAAAAUUUCAACGAUGAGAAACUUAUGCUGCGUCGCCAAAACGUCGUCGGACCGUCAACCUCCUCUGACUUUAACGCCAAGCCAGAGUUUGGAAUUAGCAGCCGUCUACAGAAUCAUCGAAUCUGCGGCCGACGUAAUCGAGAGAUGGAACACAGAGACUUCCACUAACGUCAAAAUCACUUCUAUGUUCUACGAGAACAAAGAGGAAGCCAUGUUGUUCAUCCACCGAGUGAAAGAUCUUCAGAAGACGAUGGACUUGCUAGCGAGUCAGGAUGCAAACUCCGAGAGGCUCGUGAGAGCUCAGAGACUGAUGGAGAUCGCUAUGAAGAGGCUUCAGAAAGAGUUUUACCAGAUCCUAUCCAUGAACCGUGCUUACCUCGAUCCAGAAUCCGUCUCUACUCGAUCUUCGCUAACCUCAGAGAGAUCAUCUAGCUACUUAGACUUCCCCGAGGACGAAGAUUCAUCACACACGGCUGGUGUUGACUCAAUAGUUGAAGUUGAAGAGGCUUCAAGUAACGUCAUGAUGGACUUGAGAUCAAUCGCUGAGUGCAUGAUCGUUUCCGGCUACGCGAAGGAGUGUAUUAGCAUAUACAAAAGCAUCAGAAAGUCGAUCGUCGACGAAGGUGUUUACCGUCUCGAAGUGGAGAAGACGAGUAAAGCUAAAGCGAAGAGAAUGUCGUGGGAGGAGAUGGAGUUGAAGAUCAGAAGCUGGUUAGAAGCGGUGAGAGUCUCCAUGGAGACACUCUUCAAAGGAGAGAAGAUUCUUUGCGAUCACGUCUUCGAAGCCUCUGAUUCAGUUAGAGAGUCUUGCUUUAGUGAAAUAUCUCGAGAAGGUGCGAUUCUUCUCUUUAGCUUCCCGGAGACCGUUGCUUUCAGAGCAAGCAAGAAUAAGAAUCCUCCGCCGGAGAUUAUUUUCCGGCUUCUCGACAUGUACACCUCCGUCGCCGGAAACUGGCGAGCUAUCGAGUCUAUCUUCUCCUUCGAGUCUACCUCCGUCGUGAGAUCCCAAGCGCUCAAGUCUCUCGUCUCGCUCAGCGAAUCGAUUCGAUCGCUCCUUCUUGAUUUCGAAUCAAGAAUCCAUAAAGACUCCUCCAAGGUGGUGGUUCACGGCGGAGGAGUGCAUCCUCUGACUCUCUCAGUCGUGGAUCACAUCUCUCUCCUCGCCGAUUACAGCGACGUCCUCGUCGACAUCCUCGCCGGAUCUCCUCCGCCGGACAGAUCACUGAUCCCGGAGUCUUACCUCAACGUAUCUGACUCCUCUGACGACUCGCUAGCCACCAGAUUCGCGUGGCUUAUCCUCGUCCUCCUCUGUAAAAUUGACCGUAAAGCGAAUCGCUACAAGGACUGCUCCGUGCAGUAUCUCUUCCUCACAAACAAUCUCCAUCACGUGGUCUCACGUGUUCGCUCCUCCUCGAACCUGAAGCGGCUCCUCGGCGACGUCUGGGUCAAGAAGCACGUCGCUAAGAUCAAGCAGUUUUCAGACAGCUAUAAGAGGCUUGCGUGGGGACCAGUGUUAGCUACUCUACCUGAGAGUCGUGGCAUGGAGAUGUCGGCUGAGGAAGUGAAAGAACGGUUUGAAAAUUUCAGCGAGGGAUUCGAGAGGGCGUAUGGUAAGCAAUGUGCAUGCGUCGUACCGGAUAUAGAGUUACGUGAUGAGAUAAAACUGUCAAUAGCGAGAAAGCUGGUGCCAGUUUAUCGAGAGUUUUACAACACGAGGAGGUCUGUUAUCUUGGCGGGAGAAGGUGGCGUGAGAAACUUGAGCUCGGUUGUCAGAUUUACCCCUGAAGAUAUUGAAAACCAUUUGUCUGAUCUGUUCUCGGGGGAGGGUAUUUCCGGGAAUUCGUCUGUCUCUUCUCCUUCGUCUUGUCGGUCACGGCAAUCAACAUCCUAAAGUGAUUUUUUUCUUGUCUGUAAAAGGCAAACACUGAAUAGGGUCAUGGUACUCUGUUUUUUUAUUACCUCAAGAGGAAGGAGUGAUUGUUGACAACGAGGAAAAUCUUGUCUGUACUAGUAUCUAAUGAUGUAAUGAUUGAG